AUGAGUUCAGAAGAAACAGAUAAAAAUGAACUGGAGUUAAUUGAAAAAGAAAGCCCAAAAGAGGUAGAAAAGAGAGAUGAUACAGACAAAAGGGAGAAUUUAGAAAGUGACUCAUCUUUGGAAGAAAGUCUUUUCUCACAGGAAUCACUCUACAAACAAGUGGAUGAUUCUGAGAUAAAAAGAGCAAUCUCAGAGAUGAAUGAAGCAGAUCUACAAAGAAAUGAAACAUUUAAAAGAUCGAAGUUCCCCAAAUCUGCCAUUAAAAAGCACAUCAGCUCAAUAAUAGGACAAGCAGUGAAUCCAAAUAUGAUUAUUGCAGUAGCAGGAUUGUCAAAAGUGUUUGUGGGUGAGAUGGUAGAAGAAGCAAAGAAAAUACAACAAGAAAUGAAUGAUGACGGUGCUUUACUCCCAUCACACAUCCAUGAGGCAUAUAGAAGACUUUGUAGAAAGAUCCCAAAUAUGAAAUUGAAUAACAAGGCACCCUGGGCAUGA